CAGCGUUGGAAUCACAAAGCACGUAAUCAAACAGCUAGUAAGCGACAACGUAUCUAAUUCCACAUUAUAUGUUGACCGUAUAAAAUACAGUAAAAUGUAUUACCGUAUUCUUGUACACAUCUAGACUACAUCUGCUUUUUUUUUUCUCCAUUUCAGAAACAACCAAAGUAGAAAACAUCAACUCAACCUCUCUCUCUUAAUCCUGUCUUAGUUCAGCUUUUUUUUCACCCCUAUCUCUUACUACCUUCAUUCACUUUCAGAGACUUCACCGAAAGAGAAAUGGAGUUUUUCACAAACUAAAUUUACAAAGUAUUGUUUUGUUUUCAACGUGAAGUUGGAAAUUUGUUUCUCUUUAUUUUAUGUUAUUUGGUUUUGGAAUGUUGAUGGAAGAGGUUUCAGUUUCGGAGUGAAGAAGGUGACAGUGGAAAUGAGUUUACCGACGACAUUUUCGGGAAGGAAUCCGGUGGACGCGGAUCUCAAGCCGACGAGGAAGCGGACGACACGGAACACGAGGUGGAAGAGAGUCGGUGCAGCGGUAGUUGGGAGGCGGAGCAGGCCGGAGACGCCGUUGUUGAAAUGGAAGAUGGAGGAAAGGGAGAGAGUGAGAGAUAAAGGCGGUGGAGUUGAGAAGGAGCUCGAGGAGGAGGAGGAUGGUGGUCGUGCACGACGGAGGAAAGGAACUUCAACUGUGUCAGCGAGGAAGCUUGCAGGUGGAUUGUGGCGGUUGCAGUUGCCAGAGACGGUGACGCUGGGUGGGGGAGAGAGGAGGAGGGAUCAGUUGGGGUUGAAGGCUGGUAACGGUUUUAUCGGUGUCCCGUUUCUUUAUCAUCACAAGGACAAAUUCUAUGGUUCAGAGCCAAAGAAUCCAUUACAAAGCCCUAGUUCUGUCUCUCCUGCAAAGAACAGCUUCCCGCGUAAGGUCGGGCCUUUAAUUCAAUUUUCAAACUCUGCAAUGGAGGGGGCAACGAAGUGGGAUCCUGUCUGCUUCAGAACAACAGAUGAGGUACGACAAAUUUAUAGUCGCAUGAAGCGUAUUGACCAGCAAGUAAGUGCAGUAUCAAUUGUUUCUGCCCUUGAAGCUGAGCUAGAGCAGGCUCGAGUUCGCAUCAAAGAGCUUGAAACUGAGUGCUGGUCCUCAAAGAAGAAACUUGAGCACUUCUUGAGAAAAGUUAGUGAGGAAAGAGCUUCGUGGCGAAGCAGAGAGCAUGAGAAAAUACGUGCAUUUGUCAAUGAUGUCAAAGCUGACUUGAAUCGAGAAAAGAAAAACCGGCAGAGACUCGAGAUUGUCAGUUCCAAAUUGGUGAAAGAGCUGGCUGCUGCCAAUUUAUCAGCAAAGCAAUAUAUGCAGGACUAUGAAAAGGAAAGAAAGGACAGAGAACUAAUUGAAGAAGUAUGCGAUGAGCUUGCUAAGGAAAUUGGAGAAGACAAGAGUGAAGUGGAAGCAUUAAAGAGAGAUUCCAUGAAGCUUCGAGACGAAGUCGACGGGGAAAGAAAGAUGUUGCAGAUGGCUGAGGUCUGGCGUGAAGAACGUGUACAGAUGAAGCUCAUUGAUGCAAAAGUAGCACUUGAAGAAAGGUAUUCACAGAUGAACAAGCUUGUUGCAGAUUUAGAUACUUUUCUAAGGUCAAGGACCGGAACUCUGGAUGUGAAAGACAUGAGAGAAGCAGAAUCACUUCGACAAGCUGCUGCUUCAGUUAAUGUCCAAGAAAUCAAGGAAUUUGCAUAUGAGCCGGUAAACCCUGAUGACAUUUUUGCUGUUCUCGAAGAUGUGGCGUUAGCUGAGGCCAAUGAAAGGGAAACUGAACCAUCUGUUGCAUGUAGUCCAGCCAACCAUGCCUCUAAAGUUCAUAUGGCAAGUGCUGAAAUGAAUAUGAUGAAAAAAGACGGUAAUCUGAGACAUUCGAAUCUGUAUGGUGAUCAGAAAGAUGAGAUUGAAGAAGAUGAGAGUGGAUGGGAAACUAUCAGCCAUAUUGAGGGUCAAGGCUCAAGUUAUUCACCGAAAGGGAGUGCUGCAUCUGCAGAUAAGUUUCAUCGGCACAGCAAUCUCUCUGGGAGUGGAACUGAAUGGGAAGGAGAUACCCCAGUGACAGAAAUUAGCGAAGUUUGUUCCUUGCCUGCAAGACAGUUGAAGAAGGUGUCGCCCAUUGUGAGGCUUUGGAGAUCAGUCCCAAAACAUGAAGAACAUUUCAAGGUAAUCUCAGUAGAAGGAACCAAUGGAAGGCUUUCUGAUGGAAGGAAGUGUAACGGCAGUAUCAUGUCCCCAGAUAAAGGGUCAGAUAAUGGUGGGUUCAGCCCCUUGGACUUGGUGGGACAUUGGAGUUCACCUGACCCGGGUCAUCCACACAUAAUGAAGGGGAUGAAAGGGUGCAUUGAAUGGCCUCGCGGUGUACAGAAGAAAAGUUUGAAGGCAAAACUUUUGGAGGCAAGAAUGGAAAGUCAGAAGGUCCAAUUGCAGCAUGUCAUUAAACAGAAGAUUAAGUAGAUGGUGAUUUCAACUGCCAAGCUCAUUCAUCACGGUAGCCAAAUACAUCCAUCAGACACUAGGCACCUUCUGCUUCCAGUUCAAAAUUGGUUAAAAGUUGGAAGGAGCAUGCUAAAACAGGCAUCAUGUAUAAAUUUAUCAAUUCUUGGGUUUUCCGGUUCUUGCUCCUUAGCUCAUGCUACACUAAGAGUUUUGUUUUGUUCCUUAUGAUGAUAUCUUUGGAUGAUGCUGUUGAUCAAACAGUUGGGCUUAUAUCUUUUCAUCUGUAGCUGUGAUUCUGCAGGGUAGCAUAGUCUAUUCUCUUUGUAAUCGAGAAAGCAAGGUACGCCUUUUGUAUUGUCAUCUUAGAUCUGAGGAUAUCAAGGGAAAAAGAUUCAUGGUAGACUGAAAAUAAUAACAUUUUUUUGUAGCUAAGAUUUUAUGUAGUUCUCAUACAGAACUCAUGGAGUCAAGUUCCUCAUUUUGCAAUUUGACAGCAAUAAAAGUUUCUUCUUCCCACAGUAAUGCAUCCCACCUCCUGUUUUCUUCUUUAAUUCCCUUUCUGUUCUUCACACUGUUUUAACUCUGAUUCUGCCAAUUUCAAUAUAAGGGUGAGUUUAGAUAGGCGGUGCGAUUAUCUGCGGUUAGUAUAAAAAUAGCGGUGGCGGUGAGAUUAGAUACACUGUAGCAAUACUGUAGCGUGAGACAAAAAGUAAACUAAACGCACCGCACCGCACCAUUGCCCCAAACCCACCCUAAAUCUCCUUAAAUACAGGAAAAGGCCAAGCUCUCUCAUCAGCACAUAUAUCCUUUUCACAAUACAACAAAUUUUGGAUUAUUAUUAGCAUUCAAGACCCUUGAGUUCAUCAACUAUUGAAGGAAGUGAUUGGAAAAUGAUAGUCAAAGUUCAUCUGAUCGUUUUCGAUGUUCAGUAACACAUUUCUUGAACGUAAUGUAUGAUUCACUAAUCUCCAUGAACAGUGUGAAUCAGAUCAUUCAAGUUUUUUUUCUAAUGGAGCUCACAUGUUAUGAUUGUACAUUCAAAGAUUAGAUGUUUACAAUGUGUACAGAUGCUCUUUGCUUACUCUAGUUAUUGUUUGAUGCAAGCCUUCUGAAUCCUGCCGCAGAGUUUUCUAUCUCCAUAGCUCAAGAUUAUUCGAGUUUAGAUGCAUUCUUUCGCAGAUGUUCAAGGAAUUCGAUCACCACAUUAUCAGUCCAGGGAG